CUCGCCGCAUAUAUAAAUACUCGCCUUCAAUUUCGACUACCCUCAAUCUUCCCGUCUCCUCACGUUCAAUAUAAGCCUUGAAACCAGGCCAACCGCCCACAUCCCACUCUUUUUCACGACUUCAAUUCAGAAUGUUCAGCAUCGUGACGAUUUUCUCUAUUUUUUCUGCCUUUUUGUUGGCAUUUUCUACCGCUGCACCUGUCCAUCCCGUUGAACUGCUCGCCUGGAGCCCUACCAUCCUUAGCCCUACCCCUCUCACAUCUUGGCCCCGUGGUUCCACGCAGACCGUGACCUGGGCGACAGACAAUGUCCCUGCUGAGAAAAUGAAUUCUACUGGUCUCCUAUUGUUGGGGUACCUAGAAAACGAUUCCGAAAACCUAGACAUCAAGCAUCCCCUUGCUGUGGAUUUCCCCAUCAUCAGCGGCAAAGUUACGUUCACUGUUUCCGGGAACGCCACGGUUCGCAGCAAUGCUAUCGUUGUCUUGUUCGGUGAUUCCGGAAAUGCUUCUCCAGAGUUCUCCAUCGUAUGAGCUUGUGCCUCGGGCCUUUAGCCUGAAGCUCAAUCGGACUCAGCUUGGAACUCGAGAUGACUUAAUAACAUCAUGGACAUGGACUUAGCUUUACUUCUUUUACUUGAUCACGGACUUGAUGCCCUACGCUUGAUUUUUCAAUUGAUUCUGCUAAAGCAGAGACGAAUUUCUUUUCCUUCUACAAACAUAGAAUUAGGUUGCUUCGGUACACACUAUGUGGACUAGUUACUAACAUUGCGCUUGGUUCGCAAAUCAUUUCAGUGCACGACUAAUAUUCACGAUCGUCUGACUUGAUAUCGAUAGCAAAGCAAUCUGACGUGAACCACACAAGGUCAUAAAUAUAAGGUAUGGACAACAUAGAUACCAACCAAGUAUAUUAGCGUUAGGGAUUUAGUUCUUCUUUGUUUUCGUAACCGUCUGAGCGCGGCGCAGUGAGCCAGCAAUGUGUCCGUAUGAAUCCCACAUCAGCCAGACUGGAAUGACUACCCAGCUGAGA